GCGGAAGAAGAGACAAAAACAACAACAGCGGCGGCAGCAGCUCUCCAGCUCGGCGACGGUAGUUGACGGGAACCGGGCGAUUUAACAAUUAUCUGUUCGGUAACACGAAGUCCCGGCGGGUUGAGUACGGUUAUCACACCAGUUACUGUUUACAUUUAAUAGCAAAAUGUCAGGCUUCCUUAAACUUUUCGGUGGCGGGGGUAAGGGUGGGAAAUCGCCGACACCCCAGGAGGCUAUCCAGAAACUCAGAGAGACGGAGGAGAUGUUGGCCAAAAAACAGGACUUUCUAGAGAAGAAAAUCGACCACGAGCUCAUGACGGCGAAGAAGAAUGGCACGAAAAACAAACGAGCGGCUCUGCAGGCUUUGAAAAGGAAAAAGCGUUACGAGAAGCAGCUGGCUCAGAUUGACGGGACGCUGUCUACCAUCGAGUUCCAGCGGGAGGCUUUAGAGAACGCAAACACCAACACAGAAGUGCUCAAGAACAUGGGCUACGCUGCCAAAGCAAUGAAGGCUGCACACGAAAACAUGGACAUCGACAAAGUAGACGAUCUGAUGGCGGAUAUCACAGAACAACAGGAAGUGGCCCAGGAAAUCUCAGAUGUCAUUUCCAGACCAAUUGGCUUUGGGGAAGACUAUGACGAGGAUGAGCUUAUGGCCGAGCUGGAGGAGCUGGAACAGGAAGAGCUGGACAAAAAUCUUCUGGAAAUCGAAGGGACAGAAGAUCUGCCAAGCGUACCAUCUACAUCACUUCCAUCUAGACCAGCCAAGAAGAAGGUGGAGGAAGACGAGGACGACAUGGCGGACCUCGAGGCCUGGGCGGCUAACUGAGCUAGCUUGCCCUGUUUGCUAGCUAGCUUCCCCCUCCUGUCUGUCUCUCUGUUAACAGACACCUGGAAGAGAGACAGGGACUCUGGGCUGCUGAGCUGGCUGCUGGCAUGCUGCUCUGUCUUAAAGCCUUCAUCCCGAUAUCUAACCAUACCCCAACCCCAAAGUAUGCACUUGUGCACACGUUUGCUGACUCCAAAUGAAACGAACCCAGGCUUUUCUCUUGUGAUUAUUGCUGACAGAAUGAAUCUCUUUGCUCCAGCUGUUCACUCCUCUGUUUCUAAAGGGCAUAGAGUAUGGAACGAAAAUGCCAUGCCUAGCAGCCUGCGGUUAUUUAUAUCAGUUCUCUUUGUAAGUAAAAAGAGUGCAUGAAUGAGCACUUAGGUGCAUACUUCUAGGGAGGGGGUGUGUGUGGAGGAACAGGACGAGGCUUGUUUCUGGAAGGAAUGUAAGGAAUCAACAGAUGUGUGAGGGGGAAAAGCAAAAACAGAAAGACAACAUGACUUAGCCAUUUUUCUGCUUCCUGUGUUGUCAUCUCUGCUCUUUUACAAAGAUGACAACAACCCAUUUCUGCUGAAUACCAACAGCAGCAAAAAAAAAUCUUAAUAAUAAAUGUGUAGGACUUUGUUUUUGAAAUGCCACUGUUAAACUACAUAAUGAGGAAAUGCUACUGUUGUGGUAAAAACAGAAACAGGGUUCAGUCCCUCUGUCAGUCGUAUCUCUUGCUGAAAAGUUGUUACUCAUCAGGAGAAACUCUGGAUGUAAUCAGUUAAACUACAAAUAAAAAUUUGAGGAGAAGCUUUUUUUUCAGUAAAACAGUAAUUUACAGGCAGGCAUGAUUGUAAAAGGAUUUUCUACUCAGUGAGUUCGAGAGGGGCAGCAAAUCUGACACGUGCUAACUAGCGCAACAUGCUAACUAACAACUUUUCCGCCACAAUCGCAAACGCCACCUUUUAGGAGCAACAAUUAUCCAACGUUUCACAAAAAACAAGGAAAAAAUUUAGGAAAAAAUGCAAUUCAUUUAAGAAAAUAAUGACUUCCUGAUUAAGUCUUUGAAUUGUGUUGUGAACCACUGCCUUACUUGGAAUCAUUUUUCCAAAUUCUUUUGUGUCUGGAAUUUUGAAGCCAAGUCCGUCUUAGAAGAACAAGCUCAAACCUGCCAAAGUGGGCAGUUCUGACUGGCUGCUUCUCCUUUCCUUAGAGCAGCAGUAAAACUACUUUCUCUACAAGACAACUCAUUCAGAAAUCACCGACCUGUGCUGCUGUUUAAAGACGCAGGUUUAGUUAAAUAACUGUCGCAACGUAAUCAGUAUUUAUCGGUCAGAAACAUUGACAGCAACCCUGUUAUCAGUGCUCUAAUUCAUGUUUUAUGUUUCAUAUUAGAGACUUAAAUUUAGGAUAGAGCUGCCUCUGCUGCUUCUACUGGGACCAGGCUUCAUAAGUUCUCCAGGUGCAUUAUAUGUUUAAAGGUACAACACUAGGUCACUUGAGGAACCCUAUAAGGAACGUAUAAAAAGUAGCCCAAGCAUGUGCGUGGAACAAGUGUGCCCACUUUCCUCUAGUCCCAUUCAGUUUCUUUAGUUUUACAGCGUUUGUUUUUAAUACUUCUGUCUUUACCCCAAUACAAUGGAGGUAAAUGGAAUUUCAUUUAUGUUUGAGUGCAGUUCUUGAACCAAGGUCAUUACCAUUACCAUUCAUUACCUCACCAUUAGUCUGGAACGGCCCCAGAGCACACAUUUUUGGUUGUUGUCAGAAUCUAAUUCCUAAAACAACUAUCUGUACAGCUAAAUGACACGAGAUGAAUAUGAGAUUAUCUUAAAAUAAAAUCUGACUGAUUAGUACAAAUUCAAUCCAUUUCCAAGGCAAAGUCUGAAAAAAAUCACAGAUAAAGCUGCUCUUUAAUGUUGUGACAGUUCAUACAAUCUACUGAUUACUCCAGUAUGGCUGCCAGAUGGCACAUUAGAACACCUUGGAAGGCCUCUGUUGGUGAAAAUGAAAUUGCUCGUGCCUGACACCGCCAACGCCUGGCCCGUCUGUGGUUUACCAGUGACAAAACCUGAGAAACUCCUACAUGGGUUGAAUUUAAAGAUGACGGGUGUGAGUGUGUGAUGUUUUUUCAGCCUUUUGACACAGUGACCUCUUGUGAAGAUUCAGUCAAAUUGCGAUGGUGAGAUGAUUUUUUUGCUUUUUUUAAUUUGCACUUGACUCGCCUGUAGUACUAAAUUGAUUUAAACAUUGAGCGACAACUACGGCACGUCUUUGUGAUAAAACCAUGACAUGAGAGUAUAAACUCGACUUCCUGCACCACCAUUUAUGGCUGGUCUUCCCUCUUUCUGGUAGCAGACAGGUUUGUAAUGGAUGAAUUGGGGUUGAUUGUCAAUCAAACAGAUGGUUGAGACUUUAAUUUACACAUGAUCUAUAAACAGUGAAGUAAAAUGAGAAGCAAAUUGGCAACUUCCCCUCAGUUUUGUAAUGCACAGUAACCUACACUAUAUUCAAGAAUGGGUCAACCCCAAUCCUGACAUUUAUAAAAAAAAAAAUAAUAUGCAUAUGCCUAUAGCAUUUGUUAUUCUUUUUAUUUUUCCUGUUUACCUCAAGUAUCAUUCAUAUUCUCCCGCUGUGCUGAAAUGCAGUGUGGCCUGUAGCCAGUUCUGCUCAGAGCUGGACAAGGAGAUCAGACAUUGGAGAUUGGAGACUUGUUGAUGUGAGGCUGUAUACGGUUUACCUUAAUAAAAUUGGGAUUCAA